UCAUUUACUGCAGGCUCUUUAAUAAACAAGCAUGGCGAGCUUUUGGCUUACAGUACAAACUCUGCUGAAGGAAACUGAAGCAAUCUUAAGUACCCUGGGACUUUGAAGAGAAAUGGCAAUAAAAAGAGUUGAUCUGGAUCAGGACGCCUUCUCUUGUUCGAUCUGUUUGGAUCUACUGAAGGACCCGGGGACUAUUUCCUGUGGACACAGCUACUGCAUGAACUGUAUUAAGAGUCACUGGGACAUGGAGGAUGUGAAGAAAAUCUACAGCUGCCCUCAGUGCAGACAGACUUUCACACCGAGGCCUGUGAUGGUGAAAAACACCAUGUUAGCAGAUUUAGUGGAGCAGCUGAAGAAGACUGGACUCCAAGCUGCUCCUGCUGAUCACUGCUAUGCUGGACCUGAAGAUGUGGCCUGUGAUUUCUGCACUGGAAGAAAAAUGAAAGCAGUGAAGUCCUGUUUGGUGUGUUUGGUUUCUUACUGUGAGAAACACCUUCAUCCUCAUUAUGAUUCACCUACAUUCAAGAAACACAAGCUGGUGGAGCCCUCCAAGAAGCUCCAGGAGAACAUCUGCUCUCGUCAUGAUGAGGUGAUGAAGAUGUUCUGCCGUACUGAUCAGCAGAGUAUCUGUUAUCUCUGCUCUGUGGAUGAACAUAAAGGCCACGACACAGUCUCAGCUGCAGCAGAAAGGACUGAGAGGCAGAGAGAGCUGGAGGUGAGUCGACAAAACAUCCAGCAGAGAAUCCAGGACAGAGAGAAAGAUGUGAAGCUGCUUCAACAGGAGGUGGAGGCCAUCAAUCAGUCUGCUGAUCAAACAGUGGAGCACAGUGAGAAGAUCUUCACUGAGCUGAUCCAUCUCAUCCAGAAAAGAAGCUCUGAUGUGAAGCAGCAGAUCAGAUCCCAGCAGGAAACUGAAGUGAGUCGAGUCAAAGAGUUUCAGGAGAAGCUGGAGCAGGAGAUCACUGAGCUGAAGAGGAAAGAUGCUGAGCUGAAGCAGCUCUCACACACAGAGGAUCACAUCCAGUUUCUACACAACUACCCCUCACUGUCAGCACUCAGUGAGUCUACAGACUCAUCCAGCAUCAAUAUCCGUCCUCUGAGGUACUUUGAGGAUGUGACAGCAGCUGUGUCAGAGGUCAGAGAUAAACUACAGGACAUUCUGAGAGAGGAAUGGACAAACAUCUCACUGACAGUCACUGAAGUGGAUGUUUUACUGUCAGAUCCACCAGAGCCAAAGACCAGAGCUGGAUUCUUAAAAUAUUCACGUGAAAUCACACUGGAUCCAAACACAGCAAACAGAUAUGUGUUACUAUCAGAAAAAAACAGAAAAGCAACAUUCAUGACGGUAAUACAAAGUUAUCCUAAUCAUCCGGACAGAUGUACUGCAAGAGGUCAGGUUCUGAGUAGAGAGAGUCUGACGGGACGUUGUUACUGGGAGGUGGAGAAAGGUUCAGGAGGUGCUUUAGUGGUGGUGGCAUACAAAGAUAAAAACACUGAAAAAAGUUUUGGAGAAAAGGACAAGUCGUGGGCUUUGGGUUUUUACAAACAUCGUUAUGAUUUCAAACAUAAUAAUAUCACCACUCCUGUCUCAGGUCCUCGUUCCUCCAGAGUAGGAGUGUACCUGGAUCACAGAGCAGGUAUUUUGUCCUUCUACAGCGUCUCUGAAACCAUGACUCUCCUCCACAGAGUCCAGACCACAUUCACUCAACCGCUCUAUGCUGGACUUCAGCUCAAUAGUCCCAGAGGAAACACCGUAGAGUUCUGUAUGCUUAAACGGGGAAGAGUUACUGAACAGAAACAGAAAGUCCCCAGGUUUCUCAGCACUGAGGUGUAAAGGGGAUAUAUUAUGCUUUUCAUGAGUGCCCCCUGCUGUGCCCCUAGUUGAACUAAGGCCAAUUUAGAUAAAGAAAUAGGGAUUGGCCCUGCCUGUACAGAAGCACCACCCACCUGCUUUUUAAUCCUUCUACUAACGAAGGAGUUGUUCUAAGAAUUAAAAUAUGGAGAUGGAAAGAAGAAUAACAGGUACCCUUUAAAAUAUUAAACAAUUCACAAUGUCUGCUACAGGAAAAAAUAUAUAUAUAAUAGAAAUAACGAAGACUCUUUAAUAAAGUAAAAGGAUUAACAACACCCAGAUUAUAAAGUACUCCAGGAAUUUGCACCGAAAGAUAAUCCCUAAAUGCCAGCCCCCCUCGCCCGCUGGGAGGACAGCUGGUGCGGUGAUAACAUUGGAGUCGGGGUUGCCCUUGAC